CGGAGCCCAUAUUGCUCAUCAACAAAAGUCUCACAACCAACCGAGGGAUUCGUUUUGAUAUGACAUAGUCAACAACCAUUGGCUUUGACGCCUGAAAGAUGUUUCGCUGCCAUGUGGGAUCGGCUGUCCUAACGAGCGUCGUGAUCCAGACCCCCACGACAAGAACCUCUGGGAUUCGCAGCCGUCAUCGCGCAAACGGUAACUGCGAUGAUGUGCUUCCUGCCAUGCGCGUUGCCUCGAGCGCCGUUGACAGCUUUAAAUAAGCCAGCCGGAAACUGUGCGCCAGGAUAGGAUGUCGCAAAAUUCUCCUCCUGCACGAGUCUUCGUUGUCUCCUUCUGGAAUACCACGCUUAUCGCAGGUUGAGAUCACUGUGCCUUUAGCGAACCAUGGCGGACCAGAAAGAAGUCCAGGGGUCGGAUCUCGAUGCUUCUCGCGAGAAGUAUGACAGCUCCCCGGCGGAAAGCACUGUUGCAAACGAAUUUGCCGAUAUCAACGAGAAAGCCCUACUUCGGAGGCUCGAUUAUAAGCUGCUGCCACCGCUAACGAUAUUAUAUCUUUUGUCAUUCCUCGAUCGGAGUAACGUCGGCAAUGCGCGUCUGGAAGGCCUGACUGAUGAUGUUGGCAUGACCGGCAAUCAAUACCUUACUGGGUUGACCUUGUACUUCAUUGGUUACGUUGUGUUCGAGGUCCCUUGCAAUAUUAUAUUGAAGAAGACCACGCCCCGAAUGUGGCUUCCGACGCUUACUCUGAUUUGGGGUAUUGUUGCCACACUUCUUGGUGUCGUCCAAAACUAUGCCGGAUACCUUACCUCGCGAACAGCCCUUGGUAUUGCGGAAAGUGGUCUCUUUCCUGGAGUCGUCUUCUAUUUGUCUAUGUGGUAUAAGCGAAAUGAACAGCAUUACCGUGUCGCAUUGUUUUUCAGUGCUGCUUCGCUUGCUGGUGCUUUCGGUGGCAUUCUUGCUUGGGGUAUCGCACAUAUGCGAGGGGUUGGCGGCUACGCCGGCUGGCGAUGGAUCUUUAUCUUGGAAGGUCUGCUGACUGUGGUAAUGGCUCUUGUUGCUUAUUUCUGGGUUUACAAUUAUCCAGCAACCGCAGAAUUCUUGUCAGACAAGGAGCGAAGGUUCAUCACCUUUCGCCUAAAGCAUGAUAAUGAUGCGACGCGUGAAGAGAAAUUUACUUGGUCGGCUGUGCUCGACGCUGUCAGAGACCCCAAGGUCUGGUUGUAUGGGCUUGGAUUCCAUACAAUGUCCCUCCCCUUAUAUACGCUCUCUCUAUUCCUGCCAACCAUCAUCAAGGAACUCGGCUACAGCGCAGCCAAGGCCCAGUUGCUCACUGUACCUCCCUACGCACUCGGAUUCGUUACGACGAUUACUGUUGCCAUUCUUUCCGAGCGUACUAGGCGACGAGCACCUUUCAUUAUGGGCUCUUCGGCGUUUGCCAUUAUUGGUUAUAUUAUUCUCCUUGCAGGCCGUAAACCCGGCGUUUCGUAUACGGGAACCUUUUUUUGCUGUGCUGGCAUCUAUCCUGCUGUUGCGAUCGUCCUCUCGUGGCCCGCAAACAAUGUUUCGGGCCAAACGAAGCGAGCCAUCGCUAAUGCGAUGCAGAUUUCCAUUGGCAACCUUGGUGCUGUCCUUGGGACACAAUUGUACCGGACGGAAACCAGCCCCCGCUACUUUCUCGGCCACGGGUUCGCAUUGGGUUAUCUUGCGGCUAAUAUCGUGGUUGUGUUCAUUCUGUGGCAGGUCCUCAACCGAGAAAACGCUAAAAAGGCUGAGAUUAGGGAGCGUGAAGGUCUUCAAGCACUGAUGGGUGAUAUUGGCGAUGCAGAGGGCGACUUCCAAGGAGACAAGGAUCCGCGCUGGAUCUUUCAGACUUGAUCGGUUUUUGUUGAUUAGGGUAUAAAGAAGAUGACUGUGUUUAUUUAGUGUCUUGCUUGUAUGGUUGAUGAGAGUUAAAAGGGUUUAGUGAAGAUGUUGAACACAGCUCUAAUUAUCCAGACUGGACCUAUGAAUAGUAACUAGCGGUUCGCUGAUUGUUCAAGACUCUU